AUGUCUACCAUCGCUAUUGCUCGCAAUCCCGCUUACGAUCUUCUUCUUUUAGAGAAAGAUAGACGUAGAGAAGAAGAACUUAACCGUCUUACUAGAUUCAGAAGAUUUGAUCAGACAAUUACUUUGGACGAUAUCAAGGCUGCUUUAGGUAAACGCCACGACGAAGGCCUCCCCGUACCUGAUCGUCCCCGUGCCAUCAACAGGUUCAACGUCUUCUGCCAACAAGAAAAGGAGAAGUCUAUUGAAAAAGAAACUCUUGUCCAACUUGCUUCUUUUGACGAAGAUACUGGUAUUGGUGAAAUUGCGGGUGAGCAAACCGUUGCCAGUGGUUUGACAACUCAAAUUUUGGCAGCAAAGUACCGAAAUUUGACGGAAAUCGAAGCUGAGACGCUUGACGCCAAGGUUGUGUCGUUGAGCAACAUCAGGAGAAUGGAAUCUCGUGUGAAUUCAGGGUUGACAGUACGUGAAAGUUUGGCAAUCUUUAGGAUAUACAUCGAUACCUUAAACUCGUUGUAUGGAUAUGAAGUUGCCUGUGUUUUUGGUCGAGCAAAAUCAUGGAGAAUCCUUUCUGUUGGAGAGAACGUGGGGUCCAUGGACUUGGAACGAUGGAAAAAAGAAGCUUAUCUGCAUGUGAACCCUAAACCCUUUGAAAAAGUUCCUGUUCAUCCUUCGGUGAUGAUCUUUAAUCAAAGGGUUUCUCAGGCCAAGGAAGCCAUCAGGAACUCAAUCAACGAACAAUGCCAAACUACGCGGGACACAGUACCCUGGAAGCAUAUGGUGAAGAUUGAGGACCUGAGGGGUAAGGUUCUUACCGGAAAUAACGUUAUCGUUGAAAACUGGCCGUUGGACAACUGUGACCAUAAGAGUUUCAUGAAGCGAGCUAAUUUUGUGAAGGUUGAGGCAAACUUGUCUCAACUUAAGUUUAAAUUGCCUCGUCAUUACGACAAGGAACUUGAUAUGGACAUUGACAGUUCCUAA